GUCGUUUUCGAGAGUUGCUGCCAGUCAUAACGCCUGCAUGCAGCGCUAUUCCUAGAAAAGAGACGCGAAAAAAAGAGUCUCCCUGAAUCGUGCUACGUAGACUACGGACCAUCGCCAAAGCGUUAUACACAAGCCCUGCAAAACGAACGGUAACGUACACGUACAGGCAACCUGGCGCUGAUGAGCCGUCAACACCGACGUUUUCCACAAGUUGCUAUUGGGUGCCGCUAGCUGCUGUUGUUUGAUAGCCUCAACAAAGCUGCCGCCAUCCGCGCGAGAAAUCAGUACCGUCGCGGGCAAGCUGCUCGUUCACGGUGUCGGUCCGAUUUUGUUACCGACCGUCCGGUAAGGCAGGACACACCGUGGCGGAAGUCUUGAAAUGCGGUGUUGCCCGUUUUGAAGAACCGGCCCCGAGCAAGUCCAAUGAGGCUCUCUCCAUUCCUUGGGAAGAAUCGAGGUCCGGGUGCUAGCAAGCGCAACGCUCGACACACAAUAACUCAUUGCACGAUUUUUCCUCCUUUGUCAUAUCCCUUGUAAAGUGUGUUUACUUUGCAGAUUCAGCUAAGCCGACCUUUGCAGAAGUAUUUUUUCCGUUGCGUAUUCCGGGCUUUUUAUUUCGUUUGGACCCUUGUGCAAUAGGCCAUAACCGGACGAAUACACUCCCGUGUCGAAACCGGUGUCAUCCGUGGCAGUCCGCUGUUCUUGCGGGUGCGUUGUCGAGGUGUUCUUGGCCCGUUGAUUUGUCAUUGUCGUGAUUUCCCUCUCUUGUAGUGAUUUCCUUGGCACUCUGCCUUUAGUUGACGUAGGAAAAUUAGCUGUGUGUCGGCAACUGGCCGUCAACAGCGCAGUUUAGGAAGAGAUUUGUGCACGUGACGAGCCAGCCAAAGACCGCGUUCCGUGAACGUGAGGCGCGAGCCGCCAACAGCUAAGGAAAACUCCAGAAGCAUAUCAGGCGAGGUUUUUGCUAUUCGAAAAUUCCAAACAACCCGAAAAAAGGUGCCAGUGUUAAGCGGGGACACUCGUCGUCGUUGUGUGCUUUUUUAGAACACCGCUAACUGCUCGAACGUGCGCCGAUCGCUUGCUACCCGGGACAAGGCGAAAACAAGUAGAGAGAUCUUACCUACAUUGUCGCCGCUUGAACACACCCUGGCGGUUUCGCUCCGAGUCAGUACGAAGCAGUCUCUGUGUCCCCGUGGAACUACCUGAAAGCACCAUGGAUCCUAAAGAGGAGACUACAAAGAAUGCGCCUUCUGGGGAAGAGGCACAACAACCCAAGAAAGACGAGACACAAGCAACUGUGGAGAAUGGUGACUCUUCAGUUCCGGUCCAAGCGGUGAAGUCCGAAGUUUCCAUAGCCGACCGGGGGGCAGCAGAGUCGACAGAUGACUUGAGUGGAAAGCUUGCACCCAACUCAGGCGUUGUGAGUUUCGGGGAAUCUGCUGCUGGCAGUGGCACGUUCGACAGCGAGGAGCUGCAGAACUAUCUCAAGCGCCAAGCAACCACCACCAUGUUUGGACUUCCCUCGCGGUUCUUCGAAAGCAAAGAAGGUUUUCGAGUCUGGGGAGCGGAGAAGCUUACAGAUCCCGCGGUGCAGCCUUACGACGACCACGAUCCGAACCUACCCAAGCCCUUCCAUGUCUCGUUACCUGGGUACCACCCGAGUCUCUGCACGUACGUUCUAGCAAAGAGCGAGAAGGCUCCCCGUGAUCCGCUCCUCGGACCGGAGAUCUCCAUCUACCCACCUACGUGGAUUCCGCACUGGGAACCUGAUCCCAACUUCAAGCCACAGGCUUACAACUUUAACUGGGAGGAGAACGGCACUUUUCAGAUGGAGCGGUUGCCAUACCCGAAAGCAGUCUUCGAUCCAGCAGACGGAUCUGCGCACGGAAUGUACAAGCAAGCCUACCCUUACACAGCGUACCCAUACGGUGUUCCACGAGUCUAAUCGUUCACGCUGCUUUCCUUUUUUGGAAUAAAAGUGGUCAAGUCGUAGUAUAAGUAAACACAAGGGAUCGUUCCUCAUAGUUAGCGACUUCCGAACGGCAGUGCAGGUUGCAAAAUGGCCCUGACGGGUCGUGAGGCCAGUUGUUUGGUAGUCACUGUGUGUUCCGGGGAUCUGCUGUGGAACUGAAGGCAGUCUUGCCUUGCUGUCUGAAAAGCCUUUACCUCAGCCUCUUUCCACUCCUGUUAAGCGAAUCGGCCUCGUUUGGCGUUGUUCCAACCCACAAACUCUUUCCUGUAGAAAGCUAUAAAAACUUUUCUUUCGCCAA